AGGGAAUUUAAGAAAGCAGUUAAGCGGCGGCAUAUUGGCUUCGACCAUGGUGAAGUUUCCUUUCUCAUUGAUGUUGUCACCAUUUCUCAAACGUGUCAAUCAUGGAGUUGCCUUCCAUUUCCAGAUGCCAUUUUCUGUUCAAUCUCAGGAUUCUCUCCCAUGCAGACUCUCUCUCUCUCUCUCUACCUCUGCCUUUUUGCUGCGAUUCUUCCGUGUUCUAAUUCGUCUACAUUUCUCCUUUUACUAAUUGGGGUUCAAUAAAUCUGGUUACAGCUUCGGGAAAGUUAUUGGCAUGUAGUUCAGCAACAAAGGUAGUGGUAAUGGUGGGUUCAAUGGCUUUUCUUUCCGAGUUCCUGAAUACUACAAUAUUCUUGGUCACGAGGCCUUUCUCGUUUUUCAUGCGUACAUGCUCAUUUAUCUUGAAAACCUUUGUUGUUGUUGUUCAAACUUGGUUGGAGCUGUUGAAGACCUCGGUCAGUCUUCACUUGAACAUAUUUUGGACAACUUUGAUGUGGGUAGUCGCAAUUGUCUCUCUUCCUGGACGAAUAUUAGCUGCUUUACAGAGGGAAAGGCAGAUUUGUCUCUGAGGAAAAUGUGCACAAAGAAAAAUAUUCGUCAACUUACGUUGCGACAAUAUUUGCAAUUUCUGGAAAUUGAGUUCAAUAAUGUUUUGUGGGAAAGAAAGGAGCUCCAAAAACAAUUCCAGGCUGCUAUGAGAGAGCAUAAGAUGAUGGAAUUGAUGUUGGACGAACUUGAAAUGAUACAUGAAAAGGCGACCAACAAGAUUUCACUCUUAGAAAGUGAGAUGCAGAAAUUGAGAAAUGAAAAUCUUCGACUGCAAGAAAUCAAGGGUAAGGCUUAUUGGAGCUUAAAAGGUCUUGAUGUCAAAAGUGAAGCACAAAAAACUGGCAGAGUUGACAGUGACAUUACCCAUGGUAUCUCAUCAUGCUCAUCCAGCUAUGGUAGCAGCAGUAUUAUUCAAGACCUCUUUCAAAGUGAUGCUUUGAAAGAUGGUAGUAUAUCCAAAGAAAAAUUGAUCAAAAUUUUAGACUCUGGAUUAAAAUCUGGCGUGUUCAUCCACUCUCAUACUGAAAUCCUAUCAAAAGAUGAAGAUGUCACUGAAAUUCUUGAUGAACAAAGGGAGGUUGCAAUUUCCCGAAGUCUAUUCAGUACCCUGUUGUCACUUUUGGUUGGAGUGAUUAUAUGGGAAGCUGAAGAGCCUCACUUGUGUCUAGUAGUGGCUCUCAUGUUUGUGGUUAGCAUCUCAUUGAAGAGUGUAGUUGAGUUUUUCACGACUAUUAAGAAUAAACCUGCUUUGGAUGCUGUUUCUCUUUUGAGCUUCAACUGGUUCGUGCUUGGAAUACUAGCUUACCCAACGCUUCCAAUUAUUGCUCGUUUGCUUGCUCCUCCAACCUUGAGGAUUGUGGAAUGGUUCAGUUUCUCCAUUUCCUGACUUGAUCACAACUACUUGACCCCAGCAAGGUGGAAGUUGAGAGGUAAGGCAGGUUGUCAUGUGAGAUUAGUCAUCGAGGCGCGUAAGUUGGUCGAGACACUUGUACAUAGCAAAUCAAGAUAAGCGUAGAUUUGUCCUACUACAUAUUUGGACUUGAGAUACACCCAGUCUUUUCUUUUCUUUUUCUUUUCUUUUUUUUUUUUAUAAAGAGAAAAAAGUCUGUUGUAAAUGUUGAUCUAAUACUUCUAUUAAAGAACAAAUGUGGGGUAUAUCUUUUAGUUGUUGAGCUAUUCAGAAGUUAGUGCAAUAAAUGGUAUAUAGUUCUCUAUGGUUGCACUCCU